CCCUAACGAGCACCUAUAUUUAUAAGGAAAAGGCAAUUCCUCACCUCCGUCUUUGCUCCUUCAUUUGUUUACCGCCGCAUCAUCUUCCUCGCAGGUAAGUAAGCAAGUCACAGGCAAACCGAAAAGAUGGGGCGUGUCCGAACCAAGACGGUGAAGAAAUCAUCUCGUCAGGUGAUCGAGAAAUACUACUCUCGCAUGACACUCGACUUCCACACCAACAAGAAGAUCCUCGAAGAAGUCGCAAUCAUCCCUUCGAAGCGUCUCCGCAAUAAGAUCGCCGGAUUCUCCACCCAUCUCAUGAAGAGGAUCCAGAAGGGACCAGUGCGUGGCAUCUCACUCAAGCUCCAAGAGGAAGAGCGUGAGCGCCGCAUGGACUUUGUCCCCGACGAGUCUGCUAUCAGGACCGAUGUGAUCAAGGUCGACAAAGAGACUCUCGAGAUGCUUGCUUCCCUUGGAAUGGGUGACACUCCUGGCGUCUCUAUAGUCGAGACACAGGCUCCGGCACCUACUUUUAACAGGCCACCCAGAAGGUUCUGAGGAGAGUUUGUUUGACUGUUGUUUUUAUUUCUUCACUGUUAGGGACAAAAGAGUUGCAUUUCGAGUGUUUAUGUCUUUUGAUUCUAGACUUAUGUCUGAAACUGAAAGUUAAGACUCUUUUUCUAUUCCAUGCUUUUUGAGUUUUGAUGAUC